CAACACUAGUAUCGUCAUAAUCUUAUUCUGAAUCGAAUCGAUAAUAUUGAGAAUGAUAUUAAAAUAAUAAAAUCUUUGAAGCAUUCUGAUCCCAAAAUAUGAAACAAGAAAAUGUAGUUGAUUUUACGUCUAUUCUAUAUCUCGUUUGUGCCAAAUAUAAGAUUAUUUAAUUAUUAAAUGUCAGUUGAUUGAUAACUAAUAUUUAUGAGAUUUAAAAUUCAAAUAAGUCAAUUAUUUUAUUCAUAAGUGUGUAAAUACUUUUAUAUCAAGACUACAAUUGAAAAAAAGAAGUGCAAAAAUAUUAAGAUUAUAAAAUGCCACUUCCAGCUGCAUUAGCUGCACGACUUGCUAAAAGAGGUCUCAUUUCUGGAUCAGAAAAACAUGAAUCUGCAAAAAAAGAAUCAAGGAAAAAGAUACAUGAAGAAGUAAUAGCUGAAGAUUAUGAUAGCACAAAAGAUGAUAUUAAUCAAAUUGAUAUAUCACAAAAAUUUAUGGGAUAUAGUGGUUGUCCAAAUAAAUAUAAUAUUUAUCAUGAAUGUACAAAAAAAUGCAAAGAAUUAUGGGGUCUUGGACAUGUACAACCUUCUGAUAAAUAUUUAAAAAAACAAAUAAAAUUAAUACAAAGAUAUCCUUUACCAGAAACAUGGAAAGCUGUUUAUGAUCCUGGAUCGGGUCAACAUUAUUAUUGGGAUUGGUCAUCUGAUUUAGUAUCUUGGCUACCACCAAGUCAUCCAAAAUGUCAAAUAUCUCAACCAGCUUCUCAAUUAAGGGAAGAAUUACAUCUCAAAGCAGCAGAUCAAGAUGAUAAUAUAUCAAGUGAUGAUAGUGGUAGUGAACAAGAACCAAUGGAAGUGGAUGAACUAGAUAUGAAAAAGGAUAAGAAACCAGAAAAUAGAUCAAGACAUAAAUCAACAGAUAUUAAAAGAAAUCAAAGGUUAGAAAGAUCCGAGAGUAAAGAAAAGAAAGAUAGGACUUUGGAUCCUAUGGAUCCAGCAUCAUAUAGUGAUAUUCCACGAGGAAAAUGGUCUGAUGGUUUAGCAAGACAUAAUGAAGCUAAAACAGGAGCAGAUACAACUGCUUCAGGACCACUUUAUCAAAUGAGACCAUAUCCUAGUCCAGGUGCAGUUCUUCGAUCAAAUAGAGCCAAUAAAACAGAAUCAGAAUCAUCUAAUAAACCUAAAGUAUCAUGUCCUGAAAAACCAGAAUAAAUAUUUUUGUUUUUAUAUUUUUAUUGUAUUACACUUAUUGUAAACAUUUAUUGUAAAUAUAGCCUAAU